AUGAGUGAAGGUACAAAAUCUUUGGCAAUGAUCUUGAAAGAACAGCCUUUCCUGUAUGAUCUACAUACCCAUUUACUUGGUAUGGGUAAUUCUGGCUUUUGGAUUGAUACUAUUCUGAUGGACGAAUCCAUUAUGCCAAAACAUUCAAAGGACUUUGAUGAAGCUUUAUGUCCACUCAUUUGGUUUGGUAAAGGCUUCAUAAAUGGGAAGAUCGCUGUAAAAUUUUUUCAAACACUUAUGGAGACGCCACUUUAUGAAGAAAGGGACGGGAAAACUGCUCUACUAACUCUUGAACAAUUACGAACAAAAAUAACAGACCAAUUAAAACAGGAGGAUUGUCGUGAAGUGCUAGUUGAACUUAUAGAUGAAGAACUGUAUCACAAAAUAAUUCAUUAUCAGCUGACAUUUCAACAUGAUUUCUCACGUGACGUUAUCUUGGAAUUAUCUGAUUUGGCGAAAGGUCUAAACAUCAAGGAUUCAUCGUGUCAAGGAUUUGUCGAAUUGGCUAUCAGUGAAAAGCUAGGCGGCCAUCUGGCAAAUCGGAAAAUCCAUUUUAAACAUUGGAUUAUUUUUAAUGCUAGAAAACAAAAAUUCGAUGUAGUUUAUGGCAUCGAAGUUGCACANACAAUAUAUUCGAUUCGAUAG